UUCCGCUCCGCUCCGUGUCCUGGGGAGGGAGUGGGAUUCGGCUCCUCCCCGCCGGGAGGAAGUUACCGCAUCGCUGAGGCAUGAGGGCUGCACAUCCUCCAGCCGCUUCCUCGCUGCGCGGUCGUGGGAUGGAACGCGUCUCAUCCAGCGGUCAGGCUGGGGGUGCUGGGGAGAAUCGCCCUGUCCCCAGGGUGGUUGGCAUGUCUGGGUGACCGCUUCUCGUGUCCCCUCUCUUGGGAGCACUGCAGCUGACAUGUGGAAGCACGGUCGGGGUCUAGCAGGAGGGCUGGGAAUGACCCCAGGGCCAGUUGCUGCGCAGGGCACUCAUCCCCGGCCAACCUGCCCCAGAUCUCUGCUCCUCACAGCACAUACCCUGCUCCAGGAGCUCCUGCCGGGACCAUGCGGUCCAACAUGCUGCCUGCCUGCCUUUCAGGAGUGGCGUUCAGGCCAGCCACAAAGUUUAGAGCAGACAUCUCCAUUGCCUGUGGGCAGGUGCAGCCUUCUGCCCGCACACUGAAGAUCCUUUGUUGGACCAUGGCAGCAUCAUUCCUGAACUUGUUCUGGAUGAGGGGCCUUCCCUUGGGCACGUCUGUCAGUCCCUCCUGGGCGUCCCGGUCCCAUGGGUCCUGCCUGAAGGAUUGGAGGCCAGCUAGCACUUGCUGGGGCAUUUUGGUCCCAGGGAUGACCAUGGUUUCAGCCCCUUGCACUGGGCCUGCCGCGAGGGCCGCUCCAACGUGGUCGACAUGCUUAUCAUGCGGGGAGCACGAAUCAAUGUCAUGAACCGCGGUGACGACACCCCGCUGCACCUGGCUGCCAGCCACGGCCACCGUGACAUCGUGCAGAAGCUGAUCCAGUUCAAAGCAGACAUCAAUGCGGUGAACGAGCACGGGAACACACCUCUACACUAUGCCUGCUUCUGGGGACAUGACCAAGUGGCAGAGGACCUGGUGGGCAACGGGGCCUUGGUCAGCAUUGCAAACAAAUACGGUGAGACACCCAUUGACAAAGCCAAGAUGCCACUGCGAGAGGUCUUGAAAGAGCGUGCUGAGAAGCUGGGCCAGAGCCUUACCAAGAUCCCCUACAAGGAUACCUUCUGGAAGGGCACAACCCGCACGCGUCCCAGAAACGGAACUCUUAACAAACUUGCUGGAAUAGACUUCAAACAGCUGAGCUUGAGCCAAAAACUCAACGAGAACCAGUCAGGAGAGUUGUGGAAAGGGCGCUGGCAAGGCAACGACAUUGUCAUCAAAAUGCUGAAAAUCCGGGACUGGACAACUCGGAAGAGCCGAGACUUCAAUGAGGAAUACCCAAAGCUGCGGAUCUUUUCUCACCCCAAUGUGCUGCCGGUGCUGGGCGCCUGCCAGUCCCCCCCAGCACCGCACCCCAUUGUCAUCAGUCACUGGAUGCCCUAUGGCUCCCUCUACAACGUGUUACAUGAGGGGACAAACUUUGUGGUGGACCAGAUGCAGGCGGUGAAAUUCGCCUUUGACAUUGCACGGGGCAUGGCCUUUCUGCACACGUUGGAGCCCCUCAUUCCACGCCACCACCUCAACAGCCGCAGCAUCAUGAUCGAUGAGGACAUGACAGCACGACUCAGCAUGGCCGACGUGAAGUUCUCCUUCCAGUGCCCAGGGAGGAUGUACGCGCCAGCCUGGGUGGCACCAGAAGCCUUGCAGAAGAAGCCAGAGGAAAUUAACAGGCGCUCGGCUGACAUGUGGAGCUUCGCAGUGCUGCUGUGGGAGCUGGUGACCCGUGAGGUGCCAUUCGCAGACUUGUCCAACAUGGAGAUAGGCAUGAAGGUGGCACUGGAGGGGCUACGUCCAACCAUCCCACCUGGCAUAUCCCCACACAUCUGCAAGCUGAUGAAGAUCUGCAUGAAUGAGGACCCAGCCAAGCGCCCCAAGUUUGACAUGAUCGUGCCCAUCUUGGAGAAGAUGCAGGAGAAGUAGAGAGGGAGGUGCCUCCCAGCCACCUGACGCUGCCAUGCUUCCCCUCCCCACCACCCCCAAGUGCCUUCUUUAACCCCAGAGCCAAGGGGGAGCAGGGAAUGCCCCCUUACCCUGAGCCAGCCACGGACACACGGUACAGACAAUGCUGCCUUCUCUGGAGCUGCUCUGCAGGCUUCAGUCACUGGCACCAAAUCUAUGGCAGCACCUCCAUCCUCCCUGGCAGCUAUGGGCAGAGACUGAGCAGGAGGCCUGGCCCACCACACUGAGCAUGGCUGGGCUCUGCUUCCUGCAAGGCUGGGAUAGGGCUGCCGAGCCACCCUGUCCUCCUCAUCCCCAGGCCCAGAGCAGCUCGCCCACUUAGCCAUCUCACAGUAGGCAACGGCCAGUCCUGGUGCCCUUCCCUGCUCAGGACGGUGGGGUGAAGCUCGCCUGUUGCGCCCAGCACCACCCCAGCUUUGCGCUUCACUCUUUAUCGUUUCCAUCCAGGCCACGUGGAAAAGCCGCCAGCAUCUGAAAUAAACGUUUGUUACUAAAACUG